ACAGAUAGCUGGUUAUGUUCGUCAGGUUUACAUCCAAGUCACGCCUCACAUCAUCAUCGUCUUCACUCGACAACAUGUGAAAGAUUUUCGUUGAGAAAUCAUCGCACCAAUCCUUACGCCACCACGUUCAUGAAGAGACCACAGUUCUCACCUGCAGGUAUGUAACUCUAUCAGUUCUAAACUGUUUUCCCUAGAGGUCCAGUAACUUUAUUUGUACUGAAUAGCUCUAUCAGUUCUAAACUGUUUUCCCUCCAUGGAGUAAGGAUCAUCUCUUAAUGACCCAGUGUUACAAACUUUAUUUAUACUCUAUCAGUUCUAAACUGUUUUCCCUAGAGGUCCAGUAAGGAUCAUCUCUUAUUGAUCCAGUGUUGCUAACUUUAUUUAUACUCUAUUAGUUCUGAACUGUUCUUCCUAGAGGCCCUGUAAGGGUCUUCCCUUGACUUUUCUACCACCAACACCCAACCCUUUCAUACAGAAGAAGUAGAAGUAAAGAUCACAUGUAGAAGUAAAGAUCUUCUGGAUUAGAGAAAGAUUUUGAUUCUUUAAUGGUGAUUUAAUUUAAUCCUCUGUUCGUUUCAGGAUCAUCUCACCCAUUCUACGACACUCAAUCUUCACCUCUCAGUUUUCUAUCAAGGUCAUCGCGCGAUCCACAUAAUUCCCUGUGGCUCCCCGCUACCACUUCGUCGUCGCUACCAGACUCCGCACGGUAUCACCAUAACGACUUCAGCAAGCUGACGACACCUACGUUCGGAAUCAACGGUCAUCUCCCGGCGUUAGCUUCGGGGAAUUUCGCCCACUGGAGUUAACCAACUAUGAAUUGACCGAAUUACAUCAUAAUAUUCUUCCUUUGGGGUUAUGAGCCACCUUUCGGGCUUAAUUGUAUAGAAUUAGUUGUACGCAAACAAGUUAAGAUUUCUUACAAAAACACUGACAUAUCAUUAAGUCCUAGGACUUGAUCAAACUUCAUGCAAUCCUAGGACUUGUUCAAAACUUCAUCCCGUCCCCCAGGACUUGGUCAAAACUACAUCCAGUCUUAGGACUUGAUCAAAACUUCAUCCAGUCCUAGGACUUGAUCAAAACUUCAUCCAGUUCUAAGACUUGAUCAAACUUCAUCCAGUCCUAGGACUUGAUCAAACUUCAUCCAGUCCUAGGACUUGAUUAAACUUCAUCCAGUAUUUGGACUUGAUCAAACUUCAUCCAGUCCUAGGACUUGAUCAAAACUUCAUCCAGUCCUAGGACUUGAUCAAACUUCAUCCAGUCUUUGGAUUUGAUCAAACUUCGGCACGUGCUAGCCCCUAGGACUUGAUCAAACUUUAUCCAAUCCAGACUGUAACACCAAAUAUAUUUCAAUUCAUUUAAUGAUCUUUUGUAAGAAUCUCUGCUUGGCAAUUAUUGCUGUAUUGAUAUUAUGGUUCAUGCGAUACGUUUUGUUAACUAGAAAUUUGAACAUCAGGGGAGUUUCUAUUUUGUUUUCCAUCAUAUUAUUAAGAUGUGUAUAUUCUAAUUAAGUUAUUGUACUUGUACAUAGAAUUGGAAAUAGCAGUAAAAGUUAUUUAUGUUAAAAUUUUCGCUGUUUUAUAAAGCAUGGUUGUACUUUA